ACAGCAGGCUGCAUUUUGCAAGACAUGUCAUGCAAUUGUGUUUGAUUUUUCAUGCUUAUAUUAAGUAUAAUGGUGGGACAUUUGAUUGUUCUGUGAGACUGUAACUAUUUUAUUCAUUUAUGAAUCUCACAGAAGAGCAUCAAGAGGAGUCCUGUGUCCACUCCAACUUUUCCUGUUUAAGAACUUCAACAACAGCAACUGAUGUGCUGCUGUAUUUUUCUGUGGCAGUAGUUGUGACACUGACAGUGUGUGGAAACCUGCUAGUGAUCAUCUCCAUCUGUCACUUCAAGCAGCUUCAGACACCAACUAAUUUCCUCCUUCUCUCACUGGCCUUGGCGGACUUUCUUGUCGGGGUAAUUGUGAUGCCUCUCUACUUUAAUAUGUUGAUAGAUUCACAGAGGUGCUUCGGUACAUUAUACUGCAUAAUAUUUCAUGUAGCAGCAUUUUUCCUUACAUUUGUGUCAAUUUAUAAUGUAGCUUUAAUUGCAGUGGACCGAUGGUUUUCCAUUUACAACCCUUUUCAUUACUCCAUGAAACUCACUGUGAUUGUAACUUUCAGGCUAAUAGCCACACUGUGGUUGGUGUCAUUAAUCUACAAUCUGGUGCUUCUUUAUUUUAAUGGAAAACUUAUUGAUGUGAAAGAAAACAUUAAAUGUGGUGAGUGUAUUAUUACAGUUACUGAAACAUGGGCCAUUGUUGAUACUCUAAUUGUGUUUGUUUUGCCAUGCUUAACAAUAAUGAUCAUGUACCUGAAAAUUUUUUCUGUUGCUAAAAUUCAUGCGAAAAAAAUUUUGUGUGUCCAAAAGUGCACAAAAGUAAAUAAUGGUUCUAAAACAUCAGAAAGAAAAGCUGCGAAAGCAAUAGGGGUUUUAGUGUCAGUGUUCCUUCUGUGCUUAGUACCUUCCUAUAUAUGUGCUUUCCUUGAAGCAUAUAUUAGUAACAGAGCAAUGCGUAUUGCGGUUUCAAAUAUGUUGUCUUUAAUAUAUCUUAAUUCUGCCGUAAAUCCUAUCAUUUAUGCUCUAUUCUAUCCAUGGUUUCAGAGGGCUGUUAAACUCAUUUUAUCAUAUAGGGUAUUCAGUGAAGGAUCUUCAGUUUUUAAUGUUCUUGCGACAAAAGAAAUUCCUGUUCAUUAGAAUGCGAUGUCAUAAUAUUCUUUCAGUUUUUGAGUACUAGUUUUUCAUUUGUGGUUCACACACUGCAUAUCUGUUGUUGUACGGAUGCUUUGUUUCUUUUUCGACUGGACCUUUUAAAACCACACAGAUUUUCAAAAAUGUCUUCUGAUUCCCCUCUGUUUUUAUGGUUCAAAUCCCAAGCUUUCUAUUAUUUGUUUUAAUAUCUAUGUUUUCCUGUCUUGUCAUUUUUAAUAUUGUGUUUUUGUUCUUGUUUGUAUGAGGAUCACUCUGGAUCAGAUUCUGCUUGCAAAAUUAGGUGUUGAA